CAACAGACAAACAAACAAGACAUGAGACUUCUAGUGGUACAAGCUGUGGCGCUGCUGGCCAUUCUUGGAUCAGCUAGGGCGGAAAAAUCUUCUAUUGAUGGCAGUUGUUCCAAGCAGGAGGAAGGACUCACCUACGGUAUCGCGGGUGACUGCCAAAAGUAUUUACUUUGCAAGAAGGGUGUGUUACAGAUUAAAGAUUGCAAGAAAAAGUACUACGAUACGGUGACAGGAAAGUGUGUAGAAGCAGAUCGUGCUAUCUGUGCUGUGGAAACUGCUCCAGAACCGGAACCUCAGCCAGAACCAGUUCCAGAGCCUGAACCAGAACAAGAGGAGAACGAUGAGCAGUAUGAUUAUCUUUGUUACAAAGUGUUGUACGGUGUACGAGUCCAUCCAACGGCAUGCGAUCGGUAUCUCGUGUGUAAUAAAGAAAAGGCAACGAUUGAAAGAUGUGAAGACGGUUUCAUAUUUUUAGCUGAUUUUAUUAGCUGUAGCCCUGGCAGCAAAGUGACGUGUACGGCAGAGCCUGACGAACCAACAACCCAAAGCACUGUUGUGGAGCCAGAGCCAACCUUCCCAACUACUGAAGAGUCCGGAUCUGAGGAGGAUUCCUCGGAGAGCUCUGGAACGUACGAUUAUCUGUGUGCCAAGACACUCGUAGGCAGCGUGGCUCACCCUGAGACGUGCAACAAAUACAUCUCCUGCUACAAGUACAAGGCCAAGGAGCAGAGCUGCAAGAAGGGUUAUGCAUACACCUCGAAACUGCAUCUAUGUACCAAGCAGAAGAAUGGAGCAUGCCCUGACGAUGUUCAAGAGGAGUCUACAACCCAAAGCACUGUUGUGGAGCCAGAGCCAACCUUCCCAACUACUGAAGAGUCCGGAUCUGAGGAGGAUUCCUCGGAGAGCUCUGGAACGUACGAUUAUCUGUGUGCCAAGACUCUCGUAGGAAGCGUAGCUCACCCUGAGACGUGCAACAAAUACAUCUCCUGCUACAAGUACAAGGCCAAGGAACAGAGCUGCAAGAAGGGUUAUGCAUACACCUCGAAACUGCAUCUAUGUAUCAAGCAGAAGAAUGGAGCAUGCCCUGACGAUGUUCAAGAGGAGUCUACAACCCAAAGCACUGUUGUGGAGCCAGAGCCAACCUUCCCAACUACUGAAGAGUCCGGAUCUGAGGAGGAUUCCUCGGAGAGCUCUGGAACGUACGAUUAUCUGUGUGCCAAGACACUCGUAGGCAGCGUGGCUCACCCUGAGACGUGCAACAAAUACAUCUCCUGCUACAAGUACAAGGCCAAGGAGCAGAGCUGCAAGAAGGGUUAUGCAUACACCUCGAAACUGCAUCUAUGUAUCAAGCAGAAGAAUGGAGCGUGCCCUGACGAUGUUCAAGAGGAGUCUACUACCCAAAGCACUGUUGUGGAGCCAGAGCCAACCUUCCCAACUACUGAAGAGUCCGGAUCUGAGGAGGAUUCCUCGGAGAGCUCUGGAACGUACGAUUAUCUGUGUGCCAAGACUCUCGUAGGAAGCGUGGCUCACCCUGAGACGUGCAACAAAUACAUCUCCUGCUACAAGUACAAGGCCAAGGAACAGAGCUGCAAAAAGGGUUAUGCAUACACCUCGAAGCUGCAUCUAUGUAUCAAGCAGAAAAAUGGAGCGUGCCCUGAUGAUGUUCAAGAGGAGUCUACAACCCAAAGCACUGUUGUAGAGCCAGAGCCAACCUUCCCAACUACUGAAGAGUCCGGAUCUGAGGAGGAUUCCUCGGAGAGCUCUGGAACGUACGAUUAUCUGUGUGCCAAGACUCUUGUAGGAAGCGUGGCUCACCCUGAGACGUGCAACAAAUACAUCUCCUGCUACAAGUACAAGGCCAAGGAACAGAGCUGCAAGAAGGGUUAUGCAUACACCUCGAAACUGCAUCUAUGUAUCAAGCAGAAAAAUGGAGCGUGCCCUGACGAUGUUCAAGAGGAGUCUACUACCCAAAGCACUGUUGUGGAGCCAGAGCCAACCUUCCCAACUACUGAAGAGUCCGGAUCUGAGGAGGAUUCCUCGGAGGGCUCUGGAACAUACGAUUAUCUAUGUGUCAAUGCUAUUCAAGGUAGCGUGCCCCAUCCAGACUCCUGCACGAAAUACAUCGUCUGUUCCAAUAGUAAGGCGAAAGAAGAAAGCUGCAAGAAUGGAUACUACUUCUCGGUCUACCUGAAGUCGUGCAUCAAAGGAAACAACGAAACUUGCGCUGAAAUCAAUGGAAACGAUGGUACCUCGACACAAGCACCGCCAGCAACCACUGAAGCCGUUCCACCAGCCGUUGGAGGUGACCCUGGAGACGGGAACGACGGCUGCAUUGAGGGCUUUACCGGCUACAUACCGAUCGCAAAUGACUGCACAAGCUACGUUUACUGCUUCCAGGGAGAACCGGGCGUUCGAAAGUGUCUGGAGGAUUACAUCUACUACGACCCAUUCAAGGCGUGCCUUCCGGGGGAUACUGUGCUUUGCAAACUGUACACAAUUUAGAAGGCUCCCGUAAAAAAAACACAAACAACACUACCAUAAAGUGAUAGAACAAACUAGUUGUGAUAACGUUUUUACUCUUAUCCAUGUAACCGAAAGCAACCGUGGCUUUAUAGGCUCGUGUACGUUUGCUUCUAUACAGAAAGGGAAAAUAAAUCGAUGCCCGUGACGGUUACGAUACGGUGUAAUUGACAA